AUGAACAGCUCUAAAGCGGCCAUCCGCGCAGACCGUGGCCCGAUGAUGGCCGCGCACCGAACCGCAUCUAUCGACUCCACCGUGUCCUCGAUCUCGUCCUCGACCACCGCCUCACAACAACAACAACGUGCGAAUGGAAACAAUGCAUACCGAGUCUCUGCAGAGUCAGUCGGACCGCAGGACCCGCACUCUGCUAUCGCCGCAGCUGGCUCUGCGGAGCUGGCUGUUCAGAAACUACUGCAGGAGAAGCAGCAGGCAGCAUCACACAAUGCGCAGCUGUGGCGCUUGGUGGAGAAGCAGCGCUCGAUGAUUCUAGGCCUGAACAAGGACCUCGAGAAGGCAUUGAAGGAAAAAGAGCGAUAUAGGCGGAAGUUGAAGGACCAGCUGGCGCAAUCUUCGUCUGCGCCGGCCUUGCUCGACACUGGCGAUAGGAAUGCGCCCCACUCGAACAACGCCAGUCCCUCAUCUUCAAACCCGGACGUUCCUCCGCCGAACACAUUGCGCGACAUCAGCGUGGACACGCGCAAGGCCAACGAUUCUGCAGAUACAAGGAUCGCGAGCGCCGGUCGGUCAGACACUCCUCAAGAUCCGGCCAUCCUCUCGUCGUCAGGACUGCCCACGACGCCUCAGUCAGCCAGCAGCCUGAGCACAAGUUCACGUGAGCUUGAUCGCAGUAAUGCUGCAGCGGCCUCAGCUCAGGCCAAAGCCGAGCACAGAGUGGCUGAGAUACACCAUCGAGCACCUACAAGGCAUACGCCGCCUGUGUCGCCCAGGCUGGCGAGUCUGUCGCAGCAAGCAGCCCACAGCCAUCACAAGCAACAUUCCUCAUCAUCCCUGCAGACAAGUCCCCCACCGUCCGCGCAAUCGUUCUCCAGCCCGAAGACGAGAAAGGCACCCCCGGCACCUCUGAGACUCGAAUCUGCACGAUCAGACCCUAACUUUGUGAAUAACAUUGUAGACGCUUCCGACUCGGACUACGAGGACGACCCGGAAAGUGCACGUUCGGAAUACAUGGAAAGAGGUCGUAGGAAGACUCGCGAAGAUGACGACCGUGAGCGCGACUUGGUGGUCCAGCAAGAAGAGGAGCAGCGGAGCCGUUCUAAAAAGGACAAGAAGAGCAAAAGUCGUCCCUCCGCAGACGCUGAAAUCCGGCAAGCAGCACAGCUUGAUGUACGGGCUCCCCAGUCAACGCAGGAUGCACCUCGCCAGCAACCGGUUUUCCAAGCCACUACGAACCCGGCUGACAUCAUUCGCAACCGCGCAAAGUCGGAUGCGACUGGUAUGCUCCCACGCAGCACGACAGCGCCUUCUCUCAUGAGUCCUGGGCUGCCGAUGAGUCCACGACCUGGUGACAGACCUCCGAAUUCACCCAUGCCGCGUGCAUUGAAUGCACAGCCAAAGUCAAUCCCAAUGUCGCCCACAGCAGGCUUCCCCCUGUCACCUCGUGCGCCAAGACAGCCAAUCCCGCUGCCACCUCAGACACCUCUGAUUGUGACCUCGCCCCAUCUCGAUCGAGCCAAAGCCUAUCACCAGCAGUCGCAGCCGCAGACGCAACCUCUUUCUAACCUUGUAGACAGGUUGAGGCCAUCUCCCGAUGCGAUAUCCGACUAUGAACGUCCGUCGACCUCACCGAGCAGCCUGCCGGCAUCCACACCCGGCGAGGUCUAUAAGGGCCUCACGGACCCGGCAUAUCCGGACCAGCUUCUCCCACCGUCUGCUUUAUCGCACGUGUAUGUGACCACAGCAUCAUCUCGGAUGCUGCCAUCACGUGCAAGCUACAUUGCGCCAAAGCAGGCAGACGAGAAUCCUGUCUUCACCAUGGCCGUGCACUUGAGGUCGGAUAGACGGCAAUUAUGGCGCGUCGAGAAGACCUUUGCUGCGCUUGCCAGCUUUGAUCAGCAAAUUAAAUCACUGUGCCAACUGCGCGGUCUGCCUGAUAAGCAGUUGUUCGCUGGUCACGCGCCUUCCAAGAUAGACGCCAGAAGGAUGGCACUCAACCAAUACUUUGAGCAAGUGUUGGACUCCGCUGGUAACGAGAAGGUAGCCGCGGUUGUCUGCAAAUUCCUGUCUAAGGAUCCAUUCACUGGAGAGGGUAGCGACUACUUCGGGACCAAGAUCAGCGUUGGACGACCAGACUCACCUGUUGGGAAGUUGCGACCGAAUCGUGCAGGCUACCUGACCAAACGUGGCAAGAACUUUGGCGGCUGGAAGGCGCGGUACUUUGUUCUCGAUGGACCAAACUUGAAGUAUUUCGAAGGCCCUGGUGGCGCGCAUCUUGGGUCAAUCAAGCUGCAGAAGGCGCAGAUCGGCAAACAAUCACCCAACAACAAUGCCUCUCCAGAUGACGAAGAGAAUCAAUUCAGGCAUGCGUUCUUGAUUUUGGAGCCGAAGAAGAAGGAUUCUUCAGCACUUGUGCGACACGUGCUGUGUGCAGAGAGCGAUGAUGAGCGCGAUGCCUGGGUCGGGGCGCUGCUACAGUACGUCGACUUCCAGGAUGACGAGGACCAACAGCCUGCCCGUCAAGCUCAGGUUUCUAAAACCGAGAUCACUGGCCACCGCAGUCCAAGGUUGCAAAAAUCGAUGAGUGACCUCCGGCCGUCGUCAAACACGAGCCGAAUCACGAUGCAGUCCACGACUUCCGCAUCUGCGCAGUCCGUGCAAUCUGCUCAAUCGUUCCAAUCAGCCCCGUCACUUCCUUCUGAUGAAGUGCGAACGAUAGGUUACAACGAGACCGUCGCCGGGGAGGCCCCGCUCAUGUACCCACCUGGCAGCCAGACACCAUCGCCACCUUAUGAACAAUUGACUGCCGACCAGUCGCAGGCUGUACAUCCCGCGAUCUCAGGCCCGACAAACCUGCAAGUCAUUCAAAACACUGGCGACUGGGGCAUGAGGCCGCCACCGAUUCCGGGAGCGAAGGACAAGAAGCGAAGCAUGUUCUCGAGCUUGCCCUUCGGUCGUGGGCGUUCAUCCUCGGAUCUGGCACCUGGUGAUAUCAAAGCAGCGAAUGCAUCUACUGGAUCCCGAGGCGUAUUUGGUGUCCCACUCGCCGAAGCCGUCGCUGCGGUGCCAGUAGAGGAUGCCGAAACGGACCUCCCCGCUGUUGUAUACCGUUGCGUUGAGUACCUGAUUGGCAAGCAUGCGGUAGCCGAGGAGGGCAUCUUCCGAUUGUCUGGCUCGAACACGGUCAUCAGGUCGCUGAAAGAUCGCUUCAAUACCGAAGGCGACGUCAAUCUGAUGGCAGACGAACACUCUUACGAUGUCCACGCGGUGGCAAGCUUGCUCAAGCUGUAUCUGCGCGAGCUACCGGCUAGCAUACUGACUCGCGACUUGCACCUUGAUUUCCUGCAUUGCUUGGAGACUGUUGGCGAGGAGAAGAUUUUCCAGCUGAACGAACUUGUACGACGCCUACCCGCGCAAAACCGCGCAUUACUCGAAGCGCUUUCGGAUUUGAUGAUGAGGAUUGUCGAUAAGGUGGAACUGAACAAGAUGAACGUUCGCAACCUCGGCGUUGUCUUUUCACCUACGCUCAACCUUCCCGGACCGUUGAUUUCGCUGUUCGUGGAGGAGCAGCGUCGUAUAUUCGGCCCAGCUCUGCAGUCUCGUCAACAGCCUGUGUCUACACAAGAGCUUGAGGCCAAGCCAGCGUCAUCCGCUGACUUACGUUCCCCUCGAAAGCAAAUGUUCAGCGACCUACCAACCCCGGCCUACAACCAGACACAGUUUCAAAGCGGCGAGGUUGACGAUACUGGAAUGACACCCAUGCAACCAACCUACGCCAACUAUCAAAUGGCACCACAAGGAGAAGGCGGCUUCGCAAGCCUUAACGAUGCCCUGCGCUCUCCUACUGUUUACGGCAUGACCGGCACUGGCGCACCAACACCUCGCGAGAUCAAAUCACGCCGACGCGAAUCCGGCAUGCUCGGCAUCCACAUGGGAAUGCAGAAGAAAUCAUCUGCAUCCCGCCUGCGCCAAGAACAAGGCACGAGUUUCUAA